UCGAGGUCACACAUUGUUCCACAAUUACCAGAUUUUGAGGGUAAAUUUUAAGAGAAAAUUCUCUCCGUGUACACACACGAAAUUCACACAAGUGUUACCUGAAACUGAAAAGAAAAAUUUUCUCGAAAAUACGAAAUAUGAAUAUUAGAUCGCUAUGUCUUAAUUUUUAAUCCUCUCGAUCCUUUAUCCAUGAAGCACUUCUGCAGAACUGCGAGCUGUAUCAUGUAACAAAGCAUAAAAAUAUUUCACAAUCGACGCAUCUCACAAGUAACGCCGUCAAUUAAAUUUUUGAAUUUAACCUGAUUUCGCCGUCGAUGUUUUUAAAAAGAAAAAAGAACUUGAGAAUUCCGCAGAUAACGGAGAUAAGUGUCUCCGUUACGCGAUGACUUUUCGUCUCCUUUUAAAGGCGCGCGCUAUGAAAUCUCAAUCACACGGCCGUCCAAGACCAUUCUUGUCACUGUCACCCUAAAUUAUCCUUGACACUUGCUCAACCUCUGGCCGAGGCGCACCGCGCGCAUGCAACUAUCACUCGCUUCCGCUUUUUCCGCUCUUCCGGGCAAGGUCCACCGAGAUCACCACCUUAAUCCUCGUGCUGGUUGUCCGCUCGUUGGUAUCCGCGAAAAGUAUCCGACGGUCGAUGGCCGCGGAAAAAUUCCGCAUCGCGGCGUGCGGCACGACCGGUCACGGCCCUCCGGAGCCCUUGCGCGAGGUGACGAGGGCGUGACCACGAGAGCGACUACGGCGUCAGUUAUUGGCAGACUCUUGCCAGGGCGGUCGCACGCGGUGGCGUUCACCGCUCCGAGCGCAUUGGUCGCACGAUGUGGGCAGGGCCACGCGCGGCUCCGGAGCCUCACGUGGCCAAUGGCGUGCCGUGACGUGAAGGGUAACCUCGUGAUUUUUCGAAGGCGCACGAACGGCGCAGCCGUUCUCCGGCCGCGCCGAGUACUCCGAUCCGCGCGCGACGCCGAGCUCCCAGUGUGUUUUUACUCGGGGUUGAGUAAACUCCGGCCUGUUGUGUAUCAUAAUACCGUGGCGUGCACACGCGGGUGCUAACGGGGUUAGCGUGCGUCCUCGCGCUGGCGGCCGAGUCGCGCACUGUUCAACUGAAUGCACCUUCGCCUCCUGCCUUCACCGCGGCCUCGCACACCCGUCUUCCGUCUUCCGUGUCUAAGACGAGAUUCCCGGGAUACGGUCAACAAAAUACUAUCACGGAGCAGCGGGGCGCGCCGUAGACUCCAUAAACGAACGACGCGGCCUUUUUCGGGAUACCCGUAUGUGAUCGUUCAUUAGAGAACGAUCGAUCGGCUAUCGUAGAUACUUUGAAUCUCGUGGUUUGAUCAGCCGUAUAGUGACAGCGCUCCGAGUCGAGCUCGAAACGACGAAUUAGUGUUAGUGUGAACGUGACGUGAAUUUUGUCACAGCUAUGAUCUGCGAAAAUAUAACGACCGAUUAAAAAAAAACAAAACAAAGACAACUAUAUCGGUAAACAAUAUUUAAUUGCUGCCAAGUAAGUGAGGAGAAUAUAAGUGGAAUUGAUAUCGCAAGAAGAAGAUUCGACGAUAAUGCAGAAUAAAUGUAGAAAUUUCGUAGAACAGUAGCGGCACUCUUAGGCUAUAAAUUUUAACGUUUCAACAUAUUAUUUAUAUUUUUUAAAAGAUAACGAUUAUAUAAAUUUAUUCGAGAAGUGAAUUGUGAGGGAAAGUUACAAAAGUGGCUUACUGAUUACAAGACAAGAAAACAUAUGAUUGCUUAAAGGUUAAAUCAGAAUUUUCAGCGAGAAUAAUUUACGGCGAAAGGUGAUGUGGAUAAUGGAAUAGAAAUCAAAAGACUGCAUUUAAACUAAAUUGAAAAUUUUUAACACACAAGUGUCACUUUCCAAUAUAAAAAUCAAGAAAUUAGUUGUGCGAAUCGGACACUAACGAGCGAUUUUGAAAGGCAUGUGUGUCACGAGAUCCAUACAUCCGGAAGAUCAGUGAUACGGGACAAUCGUCGAGAGGACAAUUAUAUCCCGUUCAUUCCGAUCGGAACGUAAGUGUUUCGAUCGCGAUAAUCGUCCGUGGUGCAUCGUAGCGAGAGCGGGUGCGCGAAGAUGCACACGCUCUUUGGCGAGCAGAAUGCGUACUAUCGGCACGCGGCGACGGUGCCGAUGGGCAUGGGCGCGCCGUCGUAUCCGGCAGUGGGUGCACCUGGGAGCUACUACGAGCAAUAUCGAUACGGGGGCUACGCGGCGCCCACGGGAUACCCGGUGUCGGGUAUCGGCCAGCAGCACAUCCAUCACGCCGGCAAGGACAUGGUGAAGCCACCGUAUUCGUACAUCGCGCUGAUUGCAAUGGCCAUCCAGAACGCGCCCGACAAAAAGAUCACGCUGAAUGGCAUCUAUCAGUUCAUCAUGGACCGUUUCCCGUAUUAUCGCGAGAACAAGCAGGGCUGGCAGAACUCGAUCCGACACAAUCUCAGCCUGAACGAGUGCUUCGUGAAAGUGCCGCGGGACGACAAGAAACCUGGCAAAGGCAGCUAUUGGUCGCUAGAUCCGGACAGUUACAAUAUGUUCGACAAUGGUUCUUAUCUGAGACGUCGCAGACGUUUCAAGAAGAAGGACGCGCUAAAGGAGAAGGAAGAGGCGAUGAAACGGCAGGGCAUUCUACCGGAGAAGCGACAAGAGGAUACCAAGUCCGGCAGCAGUCAAGUCACGUUGCAGCCGCCUCCGUCGGACACUCCGACGAAGAAGCUGAGCGCUCUGGAGGCUGCCACCGGUCUGUGCAAGCCCAAGCGGGAACCGACGAACGACAAUCAUUGCAUGGCGGUGGCGACGGCCGCGGCUGUAGCGGUUCAGGCCAGCAAAUACGGUCUGCACAGCCCGAUACAGGAGGACAAGACGACGACGGCGACGGUCGCGGUGCCCGGUCAGAGUGUGAUCCAGACCGCUCUAGGUCAUCAGGUGCACCAGGCGCAUCAGGUGCACCAGGAGUCGAUCCAGGACGUUUCGAUGGCCGGCUUGGAUCCGACCAGCUUCAGCGUCGACGCGCUAAUGACGACUCGAGAGAACAGCGCCGCCGGCUUGAUGACGCGCGACAAUCAGCAUCACACGCACCAUCCACACGGACUCCAGCAUCCGCACUCGAUCAUGAGCAGCAGAGAGUCGAUGGGCAGCGGCAGCAGGGACCUCUCGUCCGCCGGCACAACCACGACCACCACGACGGCCGCGGUGGCGGCGAUGAUGGCCACCAGCGGCUACGGGCACACCAGUACCGUUUCCAGGGGCAACGCCUCGCCACCCGGCACCAUGUACACACCGUACUGCGCACCGACGGCAGCCGGAUACGCCAUCAUGGACCACGAGUACAACACGGCGCGGAAUCACGCGAGUAACGCCGUGGGUCACUCGCAAUGGUAUCAGGACGCCAGUCCCGAAACGGCCAUCUAUCAGGACACUCAAUCCCCGAGCUGUCAGCUUUACAGGUCCAGCCCACCGACGCCGCUUUCGACGGGCGCGGCGCCGUCCCCGCCGUUGUACCACAGAUAUUAUCAAGACUGUAACGCCGUCAACACCAGCGGCAAUCUACCGAUAACGUUGCAGAAGUACUGAGAAUAUCGGAAUUCAAGGUCCCACCAGCGGAACCUUGAAGAGCACCACGGCGAACACUAUGAUCCGAGCUUGGUUUAUGUGAAGCAAGAGUGGAUACCCACGACAGAUGAGCUCGCCAAGGAAUGGAACUAGAAGGCUCGUAACGAGCUCUGGUAAAAAUCGUAAAUUUCUGGCUUUCUAUAUCGGAUCCUCGUAGAAUCGUCGACAGGCACGUAGGUGAUUAGCUAAUGCAACGAUUAGAAUAAUAAAUCGUGAAUGUCUCGUCGUUAAUUGACGAGCGGCUCUCGGGCUAAAACUCGUAAUGAUUUCUACUGGAAUCUCCUCGUGGAAGUACAUUGAACGGACAUCAUUGUAACAUUUGUAACACUCUUCAUUUAGUUCGCGAAACACAUUUGUGGUAGACUUUUGUAAACGUCGAUAAAUUGAAGCGUUGAACAAGACUAAAAGGAAUUGGCAAAGAGAGAAAAUUUGGAGAAAAGAAUCUUCAAAUUUGCUUCGAAGAUUUCUCAGAGUAAUUGAAACCCAUAAUCCGUAACAUACAUUAAAACAUGCGUAUACGAGAAACGAAACACAAUUUUGAAAUAAAUAUUAAACUUUGAGAUACACUAUUAUAAAAGUUAAAGAAGGCUAACGACAGGCAGGACGCAGAAAUCAGUGUGCGAAGAAGAAGAAACUCAAACCGCAAAAUCAAUUGAACAACUGACGGUUUUAUUAUGUUACAAACAAACAUCUUGAUCUCUAAAUCGGACUUUAUUUCCUUAGUAAAAUAGAGUUUAAAGUGC